GGAGCGCUCAGUCACAGCGGACGUGUGUGUGUGACUGGGCCCUUGAGUCAAGAGCCGAGCCAGCGGAGGGGAAACAGGACGGGGUAUGUGAAGCGGGUAGACCACUCGGGCAUGACUGAUAUCAUAUCCCCCAAUCACAAACAAUCUCCGUAUGAAGCUGUCGGUAUGACGUGUUUGACUAAUAAUACAUGGCCGGUAUCACGAGGAGGUUUUGUGUAUAGGUUGAGCGUAUAUAAAUUCAGCUGAGGAGGACGACAGACAGUUCAAACUUGGAAUUAGAGAGAAAUACACUGUUUGUUUAAGAAACGUUAACAAAGAACUUGACCAUGCGGACAUUCGUGUGUUACUUUGUCCUGUCGGUGUGUGUCCACUUAGUGUCCGGCAAGAAAGCCUAUGUGCAGCUGACAGAUACAACCCUGACCGACAGCAGCGACUGCCAGCUACCCACAACAAUACAUAUCACAGUAACAGCUGAUGGCCGGUCCUUACCGCUGACACUAACCAAGAAUACUGAUGUUGAUGUAAAUGCUCCUAUAUACACGACCAGUUUCUUUCGAGAUGAUGAGGUGGAAAAGGAAAACCUUUUCGACAUACCGGAUAGCGCAGAAUACCAAGAUGAGGCGCAAUACGCCGCCAUGACGGUUGAGUGUCACAAGCUGGAUAAACGAGUAGAUAUAUCAGUGCGUGGUAUGAUCACAUUGAAUGGAAAACAAUAUACUAUCGAGAGAAAAAGUCGCCAGCGCCGAGAUACAGAUGCUACAAGUGAUGCAGGAGAAUACGAAAUAACUGAAGAUGUUGCACCAGUCACAUCAAAUGAUUAUAGAGAGGCACCCCCAGCUGUCGAGGAUGCCGUCCGUACCAUCAAAGAAAGUCAUCAACUGCUUCCGCUUAAGGAUGCCACCUUAACCAGACAUAAACGCCAGUCUUCUCAAUACGUACCGCUGAAAGGUGCCAACCUCGACAGGCAAAAACGUCAAGUCUCACAGUACUAUAUUGAUGUGCUCGCUCUCGUAGACUUCGGCGUUUAUAAAAGAUGGUAUGACGUCAGCACCCAGCCAACUGCAGAUCAGAAAAAGAUUGAAACGUUGCAAAACAUAAGACGUUACUAUGCCUACGUCAUGAACGGGGUCAGCCUGAGGUACAAGUCAAUAUCUAGCCUUAACUCACGGAUUAAUGUCCGGCUUGUGGGCUACUAUGUGGCCGAGAGCGGGGCUUCAUCGCCAUUUACGGAAUCAUUCCGGAUAUCGGGUAGUUCUGGUUCUGAAGUUGAUGCAGACAAAGUACUCGUAUAUCUCCGUGACUGGGUCACCAGAACGUCACUUCCGGCCAACGAUCACGUCAUGAUGUUCUCCGGGUAUGAUCUCUACACCAUCAACCCCGCCACCAACACCAAAUCCACUGCUACUUCAGGUCUCGCUUACAUCUCAACCAUGUGCAGAAGCGAUGGGAGGAGUAUUUCAUUGGUGGAAGAUAUCGGAGGGUUUCAGUGUAUUGAUACCGCUGCCCACGAACUUGGACACGGUCUUGGCGCUAAACACGAUGGCGAUGGGAACAACUGCAAGCCCAGUGACCGCUUUAUCAUGUCAGGAGGCUCAUACAAGACAACCGACCAAAAUGAACGGAACCCGUGGUUCUUCUCGUCAUGCUCAGUUGAUUACUUCCGGAAUCUAUUAGCAUCUCUUUCAAGGACAUCAACUGGAAUACAGUGCAUCACAAAUGCCUUACCUGUAACAAAUGUCCCGGAUACAAGCUCUGUGCUGCCUGGACAACUGUACAACCCUAAUCAGCAAUGUCAGAUGAUCCAUGGAGCCAGCUCCAGAUUGUGUAUGGGUCCAGAGUUCGGCAAUUACAGUCAAAUAUGCUCCAACAUGUUCUGUUUGGAUCCGUCCAGUGUGAGCACCUGCUUUCUUCAUGACGCCGCCCGGGGAACCACCUGUGGCGACAGGAAGUGGUGCAUAGACGGAGUGUGCCAGUACGCCCCUGAAGCUCCAUCCGCGAACGAAAAUUGUGUAUUUGGAGACCAAAGCGGGGUGGCGUUUGAGGGCCAGACGUGCGAAGACUUUACAGGGGGAGAGAACUCUCCAUACUGUUACCAGCAGGUUGUUAGAGGUCGCUGCUGUGCUUCCUGCAACAGAUAUUAUACAGGUGUAGAAAGCUGUCUCUACGGCAACACGGUCCGCGGCUGCGACGCCAGGUUCUGCGACUACAUCUACGAGGACGGUACACGGUACGCAGACAACUGUUGUCAGACCUGCGGACAAGUUGUUCCCAUCACCACCACGACAACAACUACAACGACGCGAGCACCUGUAACGACAACGAUGACAACAACAAAAACGACAACAAAGGCACCUGUUCCCACAACGAUACCCAAUACACAAGGAGAUGACUGCACCGGUAACCUUGGUGACAGAAAUGGCAUAACCUUUAACGGGAUGUCGUGUGCGGACUACGUUAACUCCGAUUCAGGUGUCUGUUACAGCGAGUCCACCCAGAACUACUGCUGCUCCUCAUGUAGACAGAAAGAAACGGGCAUACAAGGAUGCAUGUACGGGGAUUGGUUCAGUGGAUGUGUAGAUGAAGCUUGUGACUACAUCUACUCGGACGGAACUCCUUACCGCUUCUACUGCUGCGACACUUGCAGAGGUAGACCGGCAACGACAACAACAACGACAACCUCCACUACAACAACUACCCCCACUACCACAACUCCUACUACCACAACUCCUACUACUACAACUACUACAACUACGACAACCACUCCCAGUACAACUACUACAACCACUUCUACAACAACGACUACAACAACGACAACCACCCCCACCACCACAACAUCUGUGUCAGACAGGUGUUCAGAGAAGAUCUAUGGCGUGAGCUGCCAGGCUUAUAUCGGCCUGUACGGCAAGGGACGUUGCUACAAUAGCGAUGUCGCUAAAGCUUGUUGCAGUUCAUGUGGAGCUGUUUCCAACCCCUCAAAACCAGAUUGCCUCUACGGGAACCGUCAUGAUAACUGCUUUGUAGCACUCUGUGAUCACGUCUUUGAUGACGGGACACUGUACAAAUACUGGUGCUGUGACACGUGCUCAACCGUGGUUGUUUCAACACUCGCUCCACCGACAACACAAACAACAACAACAACCACAACAACAUCUACUACACGUCCAACUACAACAACGAGAACAACAACGACCCAACGUUCUUCAACUACAACGAAAAAUGUCACUCCUGGUCCUACUACAACUCGACGAUCAACCUCAACCAAGACUACCUCAACUCCUACCACAACGCCUACAACUACUCCAACUACCACUCCAGUCUGUGUAGACACCAACACAAACUGCUCACUUACUCUCAGAACGGAAGGACCCCCGGCUUGUUACAUACCAGACUUUGAAGUUUCAUGCUGUGUUUCUUGCGUUAAUGUACGAAUUGAAACGGAUCAAGGAUGCAGGUAUGGCGACAAGAGUCCUUCUAUCUGUAGCGGCCUGACAACACCUUUGGAGACGUCUUGCAAGGGACUGGAAGAGACCUGCUGCAAUACGUGUAAAUCUGUUAUAUCAGGAUCAGACCGCAGGACGGGAUGGUCAGCAAUGUCCGCAAUAUUGUCUGGACUUGGUGUCGCGCUUGUAGCAUUGUUUUUGUGAAAGUGCUGACUGGUUUAUACCUGUUUGUGGACAAUUAUUUCACAAAGGCAGUUGCUGGUCGAUAUUGAAUUCGGAAAGCAUGAACUUGAAGAAGAACCAGGUUGCGAGAGGUCGUCUCAGAGGAUGCAACAAGUGUCUCGAACCACUCCAGCCUUGCGAUUUUAUGACGCACAUACCGUCAGUCUUCCUUCCAGGACAAAAGCAAAGUAUUGUGAAACAGUUUGCUAAGGUGUCUGCCUGCAGAGAGUGAAAGUCGAUUUAAUCGUUCACUUUGCAGUUAUCGUCAGGGCAUUCCUAUUCCAACGUUGUGGUUCUGUCACCAUUAUCAGCACAGACUGAACAGUACUCUCAUAUCAGAGAAUCUACUCGAUAAUGCUCAACAUUAUGUGGUGAUGAUGAUGGUGAUGAUGAUGAUGAUGAUGAUGUCUCUGAACCUUUGUGUUUCUAUAGACACUCGUGUCAGAGACUCAAGCUAAUCGAUAAUGCUCAACUAUACUGCAAUAUUUAUUUAUGAUCCUCAACAUGUUUGUCAAGUUGUGAGGUUGCGAUAAAGCACGUUAUGUUGUGUAAACACCUGUGUGGGUGUGUCGUUGCGACGCCGAGACAUAUAUAUAGGUCAGUCAGGUUAGUCGUCGGUGAUAGGUCCAAUGAUAGAAGUAGUUUCCCAAUACUAACAAAUAUACAUUAACACACACAGUUUUCCACUGACAACGAACUCAUCCAAGCCAUUUUCUGUGAUCGGUUAUAGAAACUAUUUUAUGAUUGCAUGCAAUUUGCUUCAUAUGUCAAUCCUUUGUAUAAAACAUAAUUUUCCACGCGUUCUAUACAAUCAAACCAAUUAGACGUUACUCCUUUUCACAUCGUAUUCCUGACAGAGGAAACACUUGCAAAUGAAACAUGUUGGUCUCAGAGAACUUUUGUUGCCGAUUAGCAUAAUACUUCCAACAGUGAAUGCUUCUCUAAUAUUAGCCUGUAUGCAUGAACGUUUUUUGCCAACGUUAGAGUUUGCUUGUGGAUGUAAUGAGCAGGGCAAAUGAGGGACGUUAAUGUCUGAACGGAGCAAAGCUUUUAUAUACAUUAACCGCUGAAAUUUGUACAUUCCAUGAUUUCGGGUUUGGUAUUUUUAGUUGAUGCCCAUACUUUAUGUUUGUAUCAACUUGAUAUUUUAUUUGGAUUUGAUGGCUUUCGGUUUUGUUACAUUGAAGUUGCUUUAGUUUGAGUUACCUUUCAUAUUUCUAUAAAUAUUUCAGUCUUUUAUUCCAAUGCAUUUUGAGGGUAUAUCAAUAAUGCUUUUAAAAUCAGUUUUAACAAGAGACGUGUAUGUGGAUUCAAGAUGCCUGUUGCUAUGACUACCAAGUGCUCUGCCGGACAGAGUGAAUGAAAGCAGUCUAAAUGUUGUCAAUGCAUGUAUGGCCAUUGAAUUAUAAUCUCAACAAGUCAGUGCAAUCAGGGUGAAAUGUGUAUAUGCUUGAGUAUAAAAUAACCAGUAUAAAUGAUUAACAAUACAUGCUAAAUGCGGCUUAUGAUUCAGCUGCUGCCCUUUACAUCUUGAUAGCCUUGGUACAGAUUUUGAAUAAAUCAGGGAAUAGUCAUUUCAGUGUCUUUCACACAAUCACUUUUGAUCCGACCUGUUAAAUUUUUAGUCAACAUAUUAAUCUAAUGUCAAAAUAUUUAAUUUUAUAUUUGACAAAUGUUUUUUUAAAUAUACAACCCAUAGUUAUAAUUAGAGCUGGUCUCUAAACUGUGUAUAAUGUUUUCUACAUUAUUGUCAUGUAUAUUUUGUACAUACAAAUAAAACCUAUUUUGAAAUGA